AUGCAGGCGCGGCGCCUGGCCAAGCGCCCCAGCCUGGGCAGCCGCCGCGGGGGCGCCGCGCCCGCUCCCGCCCACGAAGCCGCCGCGCUGGGGCUCCCGCCCCCUGCCCCGGGCCCGCCCGCCGCGCCGGGGAGCUGGAGGCCGCCGCUGCCGCCUCGCGGGGGGACCGGGGUCCCUCGGGCCGCGGGCCACGCUGCAGCCUCGUCGCCGGUGCUGCUGCUGCUGGGCGAGGAGGACGAGGACGAGGAGAGCGCGGGCCGGCGGCGGAGGGCGCGCGGGCGGCCGGCCGGGAAGCCCCGAGGGGGCGCGGAGGAGGAGGAGGACGACGAGGACGAGGACGAGGAGGCGGUCGUCGAGGUAGUGGACGGCGACGACGACGACGAGGAUGGCGAGGAGCGGUUCGUGCCCCUCGGACCCGGCCGUGCGCUCCCGAAGGGCCCGGCCCGGGGCGCGGUGAAGGUGGGGAGCUUUAAGCGGGAAAUGGCCUUCACGUUUCAAUCAGAAGACUUAAAGCGUGACUCUAGUAAAAAGAUGUCUCAUCACUUGUUCCCUCUGGCCAUGGAGGAGGAUGUGAAAUCAGCAGACACCAAAAAAGCCAACAGGAUUCUUGACCAUGAAAAAGAAAACACUCGAUCCAUCUGUCUCCUUGAGCAAAAGCGAAAAGUUGUUUCUUCCAAUAUUGAUGUCCCUCCUGCAAGGAAGUCUUCUGAGGAACUGGACAUGGACAAGGUGACCGCGGCCAUGGUACUAACGAGCUUGUCAACCAGCCCUUUGGUCAGAAGCCCUCCUGUGCGGCCAAAUGAAGGCCUCAGCGGGUCCUGGAAGGAGGGCGCGCCGUCCAGCAGCAGCAGCAGUGGCUACUGGAGCUGGAGUGCUCCCAGUGACCAGUCCAACCCGUCCACGCCAUCGCCGCCGCUGUCAGCAGACAGCUUCAAGCCCUUCCGCAGCCCUGCUCUGCCAGACGACGGCAUCGACGAAGCCGAGGCCAGCAACCUACUCUUUGAUGAGCCCAUUCCCAGGAAGAGAAAGAAUUCCAUGAAGGUGAUGUUCAAAUGUCUCUGGAAAAACUGUGGCAAGGUGCUGAACACGGCAGCAGGAAUACAGAAGCACAUCCGGGCCAUUCAUCUCGGGCGCGUGGGAGACUCCGACUACAGCGACGGGGAAGAGGACUUCUACUACACUGAGAUCAAGCUCAACACGGACUCGGGGGUAGAUGGUCUGAGCAGCCUGGCCCCCGUUUCACCCUCCCAGUCCCUGGCUUCGCCUCCCACUUUCCCCAUCCCAGACUCCAGCCGAGCAGAACCUGCCGGUGCCAAAACAGACACUAAACUGAUGACCCCUCUGAGCCGCUCCGCCCCCACCACCCUCUACCUCGUGCACACGGACCACGCAUACCAGGCCACACCCCCUGUGACUAUUCCAGGAUCGGCCAAGUUCACCCCCAAUGGCAGCAGCUUCAGCAUUUCUUGGCAGUCUCCUCCAGUCACUUUCACAGGCAUUCCAGUGUCUCCGACGCAUCAUCACCCAGUGAGUGCAGGAGAGCAGAGACACCACGCCCACACAGUGCUGUCUUCGCCACCCCGAGGGACGGUCAGCCUAAGGAAGCCCAGGGGAGAGGGCAAAAAGUGCCGGAAGGUGUACGGAAUGGAGAACCGGGACAUGUGGUGCACGGCCUGCCGCUGGAAGAAGGCGUGCCAGAGAUUCAUCGACUGACCCCAGUGGGGAUACCCAGCUGUUCCUGCCUCACCUUCUGCUGCAGGUGUUGGAAAGAGCCUCUCCUUCCACAGAAACCCUACUGGAGGCCCGGGGAAAGCCCUUCCAGUAACCUCGGUGGAAUUGCAGCAAGAAAAGGGAAAUCAACACCUGCUUUGCUCUUACUGAGGACCCAGCCAAGAGCAGCUACAAUGACUUUUUCCCUUCAAAAGUCAAUCUCACUCUGUGUCUACGUCUUAAACCUGGGCUUCUGCAGCAAUCGAACCAACCAGGCCCAAGACUUUACCAAGCAAGGAAGCAUAUUUCAAUUAGCUUUCUGAAUUGUGGUAUUUGUGAGUUGUUUUUUUUUUUUUUUUUUUUUUGAAACGUAAAAGACAACAUAACAAGCUAUGUGGGAUAUUAGGAAGCAUUUGUUCAAAGGACAGCGCCCACUUUGUGAAUAGUCUUUUCCCUGUUUCCUACUUGGCUCCUGGGGGCAGAGCACGUCAUGAUAGGCUGUGAGGAGCAGCAGCACUGUGGUAUCUUUCCUAUGUCUGUGUCGUUUGUUCUGCUUUGUUUUAAGAGUGACCCCAAGCGGUACCACGGAAGAGCUUUUAGUUUGGAGGGCCCCAGGUGGCAUUAGCUCAGAAGUGAUUGGCAGUGGAAAUCACCGGCAGAUUUUGGCCCCAAGCUGAGUUCGAUGCAUGCAGCUGUUACUGCUCACCAACAUCUAGGAGUCUUCCGCAGAUUUCUAAGAAGCUCUUCCCAAAGCAGCAGAACGGCUUUCUCCCCCUGCCACAGCUCAGAUGAGAACUGGCGCCAUAGCCAUCUGGUAAGCCUCAACGCUUCUUUCAGGGACGCGACUCAAACAGCAGCUAGGAUGGUGUGCCCUGCUUUGUCUUGUCGAGAUGGCAGCCAGGUUUGUGGCUCAUCCUCAGUGCUGCUCUGCAGUCCUACCGCUCACUGCAGGUAAGGUAGAGAGCUGCAGACUGCGCAGAGACAGCGGACAUGUCCCCAUCUGUUCAGAACGUCCCGUUAGGUCAACAAACCAGCUGCCACUCUGAGUGCACUUUUAUAGGUUUUAUGCUUUAGUGUGUCUGGGAGAUGGGUUCGUGAACAAUAUCAAUACUAUAUGGAUAAAUGGAAGGUCUAAACCUUUAUUUUUCUUACAAAAAUAUUGGAGCUAUUCACUAAGCAUUUGUUCAGAAAGAAACAUAUAGAACACCCAAAGGAAAAUGCAUCUUGGUAUAGGACUCUCUCCACUUAGUAGGGCCAGGGCUUGCACUGUGCUCCAUCUACUGCGAUGUCUCACCUGGCAUACUUGCUAAUUGGUUAUUUGGGCAGUAAGGAAUGGGAGGCAGCUGCCAAGUCCUGUCAGUAAGCUCAUUCUCUAUGUGUCCUACUCCCAACUGUCCUACUAAGGAGCUAUUUCUCCUGUACCUAUGCAAAGAAUGAGAGCACCUUAUAGGAGGCAUUGGGUAGGGAUGGGGGCGUGGUAGCAGCCAUACGAAUGUUAAGUGAAAUUGCACAGAGGAAAGCUUAAUAUAUGUUUAGAGAUGUACAUAUGCUUUUCUACAGAGUAGAAAGAAGUCAUCUAGUAGUCAGAGGUAUCCUUUUCUAAUAUAAGGAGUUUCCACAGUGCAACAUCCUUAAUUUGUGCAUUCAUAUAUUUUGGCAAUCUUAUUUUUUAAACGCUCAUAUGACUUUUUUAAAAAACACUCCUUGGAAGAGAUCUUGACUUUUCCUUCAGUUAUUUAAAAGAAAAAAAAAAACCACUUAUUUGAAGAGAAAAGAAAAAGAGCUUCAUGUACUUUCACAUCAACGCUGAUUGUGAACAUUAGCUCCACCAGCUGUACUCUGCAUCUUGGUCCUUACAAAGUCAGCCAGGAGCCAGUAUUUUUACAAAAUGUGGAGAUGUGCUGAUUUCUUCUGCCUGGGCAUGUCCUUUCUUCUCUUGGUGUCCCAUUGCUUCACCUGUAGUCCCCACUGCUGUAAGAUGAUGCUCCAGCUGGUGCAGGAGGCCCUCAGCCAUGAGCAGACUGAGCAGCCAUUGGACAGAGUUCAUCAUGCACUUAAAUGAUAGCAAAAGUGCUGGGCCAGAGGUUUUCUCAGCACGGCUCCCCGGAUUUUGAUCCUUGGAUAAAGUCUGUGAUCAGAGAAGAUUAAAGUGAUGUGGAGUUAAAUCCAUCCUUUCUUCUAGAACUUUGAAACACACUUUGAACCUUUGCAGGAGAGUGGGCUUUAAGCUAGGCCCUGUGGCUGUCACCGCGGAAUUCCAAGCCCGGACCUGUACAGCUGUUUCUCAGGCAGUGCACAGGUGCUGGUAAAAUUGCGAGGCCAAAGACACUGUCCCUGGAUCUCCCCUUCUCUCCGAUGCCUGCUCACAAGACUCUUCUGCAUCUCCAGCCCUUCAGAGGAGGAGGGCUCCAUUCAACCAGACAAACCCUGAGUACCAUCCUGGAAAUGCAGAUGCCCAUUCCCUGGACUGAAUUAGGAGAACAGCAGAUGCUUGAUUUGCAGUUAAAUUUUUAAGUAGUUAUUUUAUUAUUUAGGGAACCAAAUUAAGUGCCAAAUGAAGCCAGACUUCCACUAUAUGCCAGCUCUGUGGAAACCAGCUUCUUUUUGUGUCUGUCUGGUGGGGAGUCAGGGGAAGUGAGAAGAGUGGUCCCAGGUAAGCCAGCUGCUGAAUGGGAGCUCAGUGGGCAGUCCAUACGAGAGGAGUGGGGCUACAAUGAACUCCAGUUCGGUGGAAGUGUCUGAUUCUCUCUCCUCGGUCAUCUCUUCUUCCAAGAGGCUUCUCAGGCUUCAUAGAGGCUCUAAUUAGCCGCAAAGCAACAUGGGCAACAAGCAAAAGUUUCCUGCCUUAGUUCUUUCCAAAGUAGGAGCACUCAGUUCAUGGGAAGCAAAAACAACUUGGAGAAAGCACCCAAGCAGCAGGUGGGCCAGGGAGGCAGUGCCAGAGGCCGGUGGACACGGGGUUCCUCAACUGCAUGGAGUCAGUCAGCCAGUGAGGAAGUGGCGCCCGGCCCUGCACACAUCCCAAGGAGCCGGCUGCAAAAGAAGAAUGUUGUUCAAGCAGGGGCAUGCUUCCCUCAUCUCAUCUCUAGGAAGUUUCUUCCCCAGGUUGUCAAAAGCCAGCGUCAGGCAGAGAGCAGUGGAAUGAGCUUGCUCAGCCGAAAAGUGCCUGUUGGCAGCUCGGUGCUCAAACAAGAUGCCCUAACGCAGUGAUUCCUUGCCUCUCGUGACUGUGUUGCCGAUGGAAGUUUCCAGUAGUGAACAGCACCUGUUAUAGUCCUUGAACUUUCUAGGAGCUCUUUGAAGGUAGUCCAUUAUGUUGCAAAAAAAAAAAAAAUUACUGAAAUGUCCCCCACUACACGCGACGAUCACUUGAGUUGAAGUCUGUGAUAUCUGGUGUCACACUCCACCACCUUUCACGAGAAAUGGGGGUUCUCCAGAGAUCCAUCCUCCCUUCACCAGACUGCACUGCAAAGAAGCAUGGCAUUCCCUUGAGAAGGUUCAGAGAAAAGUGGCCAGCAUUGUACAUGUGAGAGAAUACCUUGAGCAUAGUAGCUAAUUACUGUAAUAAUACUCAUUUCCUCAGGGAAACACAAGGGGUAUGUGAAAUAGGUUUGGGGAAUCCUAAGACUAGGAAAAGUUUUUUUCUUUUUUUUCUUUUUUUUUUUUUUGUCUCAAGUCUUUUCUUGUCAGAACAAGUUUUCCAUGUAAACACAGUAUCAUUUCAAGACACUCGUAUGAACUGGACAAUGUCGACUUUUGUGAGGCAUGGGGGCCAUGCCCCAUCCAAAAAAAAAAAAAAAACUCUGUAGCUGGCCUGAAGUCUAAGGCUGGCCUUUGAACCACAGGCGCACUGCCUGCUGGGUAUUCAUAGACUCCGCGAGGCUUCUUCUGAAUGUAAUUGUGAAUAUGAAGCCUUGCUAUUUCUUUUUGUAAUCACCCGGUUUGGGCGACUGUAUAUUGACUUGUAGGCAGCAGCAUUCUCUAUGUGAAAGAGAGCCGUGAACGAUGUGUAUUUUGCUCGUGAGCAUGUUAAGGAGCAAACUCCCGCGGAUGUCUGUGGACAGGUGCUGCUUCUCACACACUGUAGGAUUUCUACCAGCCACAUCCUCUGUAGCAUUGACCUGUGUGAAGGCCAGGAAGGAUCUGUGCAUACAAAUGAGUGCAUCCAGCAGGAUUCAUGAAUAUGAAUGAGAAUGUAGAUCAUUUUGGAGGACGUGCUGGGCACACGGGUCAACUGACAAUUUCAUUUCUGUAAUAAAGGAACCCUACCAGCAGCACACAGUCUCCCUCUGGUCCUACCUGUGGGGAUCUUCCACAGCAACUGUUUGAGCCUAUCUUUUCUGCAUUGUAACUAGCCAAAGUGGAAGUCAGUAGAUAAAAUGAGUUUAGCAUUUUUAGGGAUCAAUGAUGUAAUGAGUAAUGCAAGAGUAUAGUAUAAAAGUUACUUAGACCAACUGGCUUGCUUGUUAUGACUGACUUUUAAAAGGCCCAUUUCCAAUGACAUACAUGCUUUAAAAAGUGAAUCUAUCACAGGACCAGGACUCAGAAUGAGAGUUUUACCUCUGGUCCUGUUUUGUAAAUAGCUCCUCUUUUGAAGACAAUCUCAUGUUUUAUAUCUUUUGUUGUGUGGGUUGAGAAACUCAAGGGUAAUGUGUUGUGGCAAAAUGUAAUCUUCAAUACAGUAAUAAUUAUAAUUUUAAUUUCCAAAUGAAAGAAGAAACACACUUCUUAGGCUUCUACACUUCUAAGAGACAAGACACUUUUCUAAUAAGCAUUAGUAUUCAACUUCUCAAGUAAGCAGAACUGGAAAUAUUUUACAAGAUGCAGUGUUUUAUAAUCACAGCAAACAUGAACACUUUGUGGGCAAUGACCUUGAUUUUAUACAUUGUACUUAUUUUUUAAAAUACAGUAUUUUAAUGGACAGGAAUUGUUAAUAUUGUACACAACUCCUGCUCACCAAACAAAGGGCUAUGCCUCUUUUAAGCAAGUUUUUGAUGCAUAUCUUUUCAAUUAACCUUCUGAGUAAGGUAGAAAUGCAGAAUGGAUGGAAUGCUUAUUAACAAGAGAAUCAAUGUAGCAGCAACUACUCCAUCAUGACCAGUAUGUUUCCAAAACAUCAGAGAAAAAAAGUCACUUUAAGAUUGUAUACUUUAAACCUAAAAAAAUGAUACUAGCAGAUAGGCUUGAAGACCAUGGGAGAAAUUUUGUGUAAAACCACGAAUUCUGUAUUAGGAGUUUUCCUCUCAACCUAUCACAAUCAUAUACCUGUAAUUAACUAGCAAAAUCCCUGGAUGGAAAUUUCCAAAAAUCAUAGUGCAUACAUCCAAAGCUAUAACUCUUAAGAGAUCAGUAGUGUUAGAAUUGACUUCACCCUUAGCACCAUAUAAGUAACUUAACUUCCUCAUUGGAACAAGUGCUUGAUUUUAUUAUUUCACUGUGAGGAACUCACAGGCACACAAGGUUGAGAACAGAAAGUGACCAUAUUCCCAUGGGAGAAAGAAAACAAGGAGGAGAGCCACGGAGAGUUUAUUAACUGCAAAAAUAAUUGUGACCUUUGUCCUGACCAGUUCAUAACAUUGCAGUACUUUUUAAUCCUCUCACUGUUACAACAAGAAAGCAUCUUUUCUUCCUAAGGUUUUAGCAAUCCAGCAGCUAGCCUAAUUAGCCAAGUAUGCAUGUAAUAUCAAAAAGGACACAGAAAUGGAGUAGCCAUACAAGUGUUGGGCAGCUCCUAGCAAGUGAGCAAGAAGGCUAUUCAGACCUGGGUUUCAUACUGUAAUUGCCCUGAGUAAGAGAAGCUCAGCACCCAGACUUUGAGAUGAGGUAGCCUGUAACUCUCCACCACCAUCCCAUUGGAAUACCACCACUGUCCUCAUAGUGUUCACUGCUGUGUGGUUCGGAGCUACAUGUAUCUUACCUCACCUGUACAUUGACACUUCUUUCUGGCAGCGGAUUUAGAUGCCUUUAGAAAGGCCAGGCAAGUCUUUAAGUGAUCAGCAAAGAUCAGGACAAAGAGGGACCCUAGGGGAUGGUGGCGAUUAUGUCAAGCUGGAUAGUAGGCACCUACUCAGAAGAAUGGCCCACAUCCCACUCUAGACUAUCAAAACAAAGAGAAAUCGGGCCCACGCCUGCCAGAUCUGACUUGAAAAUACGGAAUCGGGCAUUUAAGUGCUAACAACCAACCCAGAUUCUUGGCCAACACUGUGCAGACCAAAGAAAAGCUAUAUGUGGGCAGACACAGCCAGUGACCGCUGGUUUCAGCUGUGGAAGUCAACUUCACAGUCCCUGGCUGUCAGGACCAGUUCCUUCAUGAGUCCUACCUAUGCACAUAUUGGCACAGUCUGGGCAGUUGACAUGAAAAAAAAAUGAGUCAUUUGUCCCCCAGAAAUUAUGGAAGACUUAAAAUAUUUUUAUUUUAAUAUAUCAAUAGACUUCAUCUAGCCUUGCCCCUGAUGAGAACACACACCCAGAGCAUGCCCCAAAGCACCGAAGAGCUGUAACCCUCACUUAUGUUUCCAUUACCGUGACCACUGUGAUGAGGGGCUGGCAAAACAGUCUUGUGCCUUUGAAGAAGGCAGCCAGGAGCCCCUAAAGUUUUAAGGUGGCAUAUGUUGCCUCCUGUGCCAAAGCCCUCUGCCAUCUCUCCAUGUGACCCAAGCCACAUGUCCCUAAGUCUUGCUCCAAUGUAAAAUUGGUAUGAUUUCACCUCUGAUCUGGCAAGUUCCCUGCUUGAGGCGCUUGGGUAUUUUGAAGUAUCCAUUCACCUCAAAGGAAACUUUUCCACAUAGAAAACUAUAGCAUCUUUAAGAGCAAAAUCAAAAUGUGAAUAAAUGUGUCCGUUUAGAGAUUAUCUCCUUUAGUCUAAGGGACUACAUUACUUUAAACCGCAUCUUCAAUUGCAGUGCUGGUGCUGUUGGGAUAAUUCUAUAUGAUGAUACAUGUCUCUUUCAGACAAUUUCAUUUGAUCUUCACAAGAAUUCAGUGCAGAAUUGUAUGUUAGCUAGCACCCAUAUCCCACCUUCCAGGCCAAACCAGAGUCGUCUUGAACCCCUGAGUCAGCCUCAUUAUUGCCUGCAAAGAGGGAAGAAAGGGCUCAUGAAAGGGCUAGCUCUGGAGUCUUCCACAGUGACCCUAGCACUGUGAAGACCCAGAACUCCACCAUGUUCUCAACUCAUUCUUUCAGUCUGAAUCCUUUGACAUAGAAGGAAAAGCAGAUUCAGUCACAUUGCCAAAUACAAACUUAACCAGCCCCAAAUAUGUCUCCUUAUAACUAUCCCCAAGUUCCAGCCAACUAACUGAUUAAUUAUAGCAUGUAAUAACUACAGUGUUUUGAGGAAAGGGUUUGACUCCUUAGGAAAUUUUUAUUUACUUUCCUGGUGGCAUCCAACAUUCUAGUUCUAUAAACUUUAAUUGAUUAGAACCAUCUCAGAGUUACAAAUGCAAUUUAGGAAUGCCUGGACAUAUUAAAUCGUGUUUAAAUUUGCAUGCCAUUUAAAGAACAAGAGACAAAACUCAAGAUCUCUCCCCUUGUGAAUGAUUAAAGGGCUGUCCAAUAAGUGUCCAAUAAGGAACUUUAUCUAAGCCUCUCUGUUAGUCUACCUGACUGACCAUCUUGUGCUAAAGCCACCCAUGGGGCAUCUUGUCACAGAAGGAGCCUAGAAAUCUACGUUGGCCUAUUGCCUAGUUCAAUAGCAGGUGUUUUGAUGGAUGAUACUCUUACUGUGCUUCUGAAGUAUAGCAUGCUGGAGAAGGAAACGGCUUAUCCUUGUCCUCUUCUGAGGGAAAAGACAUCUCUUUAUGAUGGUUUGCACCAAUGCCACAACAGUGGCAGGACUUAAAAAGAGCCAAGUGAGCUAGGCGUGGUGGCACACGCCUUUAAUCCUAGCACUCGGGAGGCAGAGAUAGGAGAAUCACCAUGAGAUUACCUAGUGAAUUCCAGGUCAGCCUGGGCUAGAGUGAGAGCCUACCUUGAAAAACCAAAAAAAAAAAAAAAAAGGAGCCCAGUGUUAGGGAACAAGAAGAAAGACUCACGUUUCCAAAAGUAAAUAUGAAUUUUGAAAAACAAAGGUUCAGGUUUUGAUUAAACUAGUUAUUAUUGUUCUUUUAAAAUAUUCUUUCAUAGUGGGCACCAUCCACCCCUACAGUUUAAUUAUUAACUUCCAAAAAAGAGCAUCCCUUUUAUAUUAUAAACCUGCUAAAAUUUAAUCCUUGCAGCUAGUUAGCUAUUACACUUUCUUACUAGGAUCAGUUGCCCACAGUUUUAGUUCAGAAAAUUAGCCAAAGUAGAAAGUGGCACCCCUGAGAAAGGCAAGUGAGCUACGAUUAAAGAAGAAAGCCCUCCCUGGGCUGGAGAGAUGGCUUAGUGGUUAAGUGCUUGCCUGUGAAGCCUAAGGACCCCGAUUCGAGGCUCGGUUCCCCAGGUCCCAUGUUAGCCAGAUGCACAAGGGGGCGCACGCGUCUGGAGUUCGUUUGCAGAGGCUGGAAGCCCUGGCGCGCCCAUUCUCUCUCUCUCCCUCAAUCUGUCUUUCUCUCUGUGUCUGUCGCUCUCAAAUUAAAAAAAAGAAGAAGAAAGCCCUCCCCUUCUCACUACUGCACUGAACUACUCUAAAAAAUAUAAAAUAAAGUGAAUGUAAAAUAAGUAAGGAGAAAUUCCUCUUUGGAAAGAAGCAGCAAAGCUGCUGCCUGCGUAGUUCCCUCUGCGUCCCUGACCAAGGAGGACUAGAGCUGCCCAGCGGAGUGUGAGGGGACAGCUUGGGGCUCACCGUCAGCCUGGCCUUCUGCCGUCUUGGCAGCUGUUACAGGUUUGCCGGUGGCUUGUUCCUCUCCCUCCUUGGCUCUCAUCUUCCCCAGGCAGAGGCCAAGAGGUUAGGCUGGUUUGUUCUUGUUUCUGAGUGCUCUCCAAAAUCCCUGUCCCAGAGCACACUUGUUCCUGACAUGCACGCACGUUUUCCUCAGUGGCUGUGACUGCCCCUUCCGGCAGGGGCGGGGGAGCUCCUCCCUGGGUCUGAACAGGCAUGGUCACCUGGUAGUGAGCAGGUGCCCUCCAUAAGAUGUCAUUCUUGUCCCUGGGCCUCAGAGCUCCCCUGCUAGUCACCUAGCCCUUCAGUCCCUUCCAGAACAAGGCUGAGAGAGCGGAACAGACCCCGUGUGCUGGGAUCUGUGUUAGGAUGGGCCGUGGAGCCAGUACAAGGGGCUUCAUCAGACAGUGGCAGAGUUGGCCUUAACUACAUGAAAAGGCAGACUCUCCCACAGUCUAAUUGUUUGGGGAAAGACAAUGACUGCAACCUGCAUGCCUUUUUAAGUGCAUGUCCCCUGCCCCAGGGUAACCCUUCCCAAACUUGGGGCAUGGAUAAGACAGAGAGGGAAAAGGAGAAACAUGACCUCUGGCUACUGCUUGAGCCUCAGAGAUCCACAAUGGAGCUUAAUGCUAAGCUGUGCCCCUCAAGAAAAGGAUGAAGUUUGCAGUUUAUACUGCCUGGGUUUACCCCUUUUCCUGUAUUCUGCUUAUUGAAAAUCAGUGUGACUACCACACGACCAACCCUGUGACAACAGAAAAGUCCCCUCUGCCACAGUCUCCCAAUGGGGGAGCCCUAAAAUUUCUGGUGAAAAGCUUUGGAACCAAUCUCGACAUUCAAGAAAGCACUUAGUAACCCCGAAGUAUACUAGUUCCAUGACUUCAACAGCUGAAAAUACCCUGGGUGGAAAAUAGCUCAGGAAUGGCUCAUAUAUAGUGUUUAUGUACCAUUACUCUGUAUUUUCCUACAGUACACCUGAAGAUUCCUAUUUUUGUAAUUGACAGUUGGACUGUGGCCAACCGCUUAAACAAACACUCUCUGGACUAACCAGUACCCUGUUAUUCCCUAGUGUAAUAUCCAAAGUAUUUCAUAUAUAAAAAUCCUAUAGACUUAGAACUCAGGAUAAGAAAAUAAUUGCUAGAUCCCAAAGGGUUCAAGACUAUCAUCAAAAGCAACUUCCAAGUGACCUGUGGUCAUUUCUUUCAAAUGAGGGGCUGAGGAGAGAGAAAGCAGUCAUUUCAAAACCUCUGUUGCCCUUAGCCAAUGGAAAAGUUUAAGAACACUCUGCAUUGAAAAAUGAAGCUGUCUUCUGAAUCAUUUUCUACACCAAAUCUAAAAUACUAAAAUGAGGAUACAGAACACUUAAAAUAGGGUAGCUAGUGGAAAUGCUGUCAGUAGAAGCAUUGCUCAGAAUGUCUGCUUAAAUAAGCAACAACAAAAAGAAGGGGAAGAAAAGACCCAUAAAAGCACAUGAAACAGUCCUUCCCGAGGGACCCUGAUAUUCAAAUGACAGGCACCGCCUGCAUGAGCCCUGAUUCUAGAGCUAAGUGGAGAUACUGUCCAAUGUUCAGAGAUUAUUUGAAGUACCACCUUGCCACUAUUCGGGGAGUAAGUACUUCCUUACAAAGUCUUUACUCUUAUCAGAUGAAUGUAUAAAUUAUAAACUAUGCAUUUUCAAAAAGAGACAUGCAUUUUAUAUCAAAUCCAAAUGUUUUUUUUUCAUAGAGAAUUUGAAUCACAACUACAAAUAUUCGAAAUAAAGGAGAAAGUGGGAUGCCUCCUUUGUUCAUUUAAAGACAAGGCAUCCAACUGUGCUGUGAGGUGCCAGGCUCAUUAAAAAAAAAAAUAAAAAAUAAAUUGAAAAAAAAAACCUCUAAGAGGAAUGAGGAGGAAAUAGUUUGGAUUUUACUUCUUAAGCCUAAAAUGAAAGGGAAAUGUUGGCUCUCACAAGGUAUACCCAGUUCCAUAGUGGUGGAUGUGCUGGUAACCCUGGAUUAAUAAGCAAACAAGGCUGAGGAUAUGGCUCAGUGGGGGAGCACUUGUCUAGCAUGCCAGACCUGGGUGCAAUGCCCAGCCCCUCAAAAAAAAUAAAUAAAUAAAAGCAAAUGAAACUACAGAAAGCUAGUGAAUUUUUCAUUAACUAAAGAUAGUCUGGAUUUGACUAUUACAGUCUGUUCUCAACCCAAGAAAAAGAAAUUCUUUAGAGUUUGAGUUAUGUAGUUUCAAGGAACAAAAUAUAAAAAUAUUUUCCAACAAAACAAAUGAUUAAUUUUCUUUCAAAAUUACAUGGAGACAAUCACUUUUAUUUUGAAACGUGUAUACACGGCAGAAUGUAUACAUGAAUUGAACAGAACACACACAGGUUUCUUCAGCCCUCCUGCUGGUAGGUCUGUUGAGGAAGCCGUUUCCCCUAGCAGUCUGUCUUCUCUCCUGAGCUUUACCACACUGCUCAGCACAAAAACACAUUCUUCCUGUCAGCUGACAGUGUGGACAUAACUCCAUUUCUCUGCUGUUCCGGUUCUCUUCUGUGUCUGUUGAGAAAGUUUCUUAGGCUGUUUGUAAAAUAUGAGAAAACACUUCUCAACCUGGUACUUAAGGUCAUACUGGAGAGGUUUGCUACCUAAUUAGAAGUUAGUUGGGGAGGGGCAGUUUGUCUUUUUAUAUGAUUUUUAGCCAAAUCCAGAUGUUCUGAUACUACAUUUCUGAAUACUUUUCUGACUGUAAAUACUGCCUGGAGAUUCAGGUUGACAAACCUUCUGUGACUGUUCCUCAGCCAUGCUCCUUGCCAGCUUUUGGCACACUGUACAUAGAUUUGUCUAAUGUUUAAGUGAGUUUGUUUUUCUAAAUGCUGUUCUCUAACAUUUUUUUAUGUCUUUUUGCUUUGGUUGUUUCGGACUUUGUGUGUCAGUUUUAUAAAAUGUUUCCUAAAGAUUUAACACCAGGAAAAAAUAUUUUCAAAUAAGCUGGUGCUAAUUGGAACAGAAGAAAACUUUCAGCUUGAAGAGUAACAAGAUAAAAAUGAUCAUACCAGGUAAACUGCACUUUCCCAAGGGGACAGCUGCUGUCCACCUACAGUGGGCAUCAGGAGGACCACCAAAUGUUUACAAGUGUCAGUGGCCCAUUUAAGGUAAGACAGUGAGGAGGCUUUGUCCCCCCAGGAUGGAGGAUUUGUGACCUGAUCCUCUGGAAGCAGGUAAUAGAAGGAAAGCAUAGAGUAAGAAUCACUUUAGUAAUAGUCUUCUGAUCCUUGGACUUCCAUGUUCUGUAAUGCUUAGCUGUAACAGUGAAUAUGGUGUUGCCAAUGUAGUCUGACAUCAUUGUUGACCUGUACUGACUCUGUGUAUGGUUCUACCUUGGUUUGCACUGGCACAAACUGAGCCAGAACACAGGACUUUGAGUAAGACCAUUCUGACUUCUACAAUGUCCACACCCAUGAAUUUAGAUGCACUUGUAACUGGCUAAUUACCAUAAAGUAAGUCUAACUUCCACUUAAUAAAAGUUUUUGUGUAUCUGC